AUGACAAUCACCCCUUCUAUUGACCCAAUUGUAAGCAUAUCUAUUGAACUAUUACCUGAAUUUGGUUUCACCGUGCAAGAUGAGCCUGUUUAUGGACCUGGAUCUGUAUUCCAAGGCAUUGUUCACCUUAAGAUGAAAGAAUCGCCUGUCGCGGCAGACCGCAUUGUGUUGACAUUUCGAGGUGCUGAACAUGCUACUGCGGUCCACGAUGGUAUCAAGUUUUUAGUGCCGUUAAUCAAGAACCCCUUUUUCGGUAUGCAACAGACCCUCUGGCAACGUACACGAGACGAUUGCUUGCUAACAGAGAGUCAUUACCAGUUCCCCUUCACAAUUCAGAUGCCCAUGAUUCAAUUUCCUCCCUCUAUGGAUCACGCACUUUAUCAAUGCAAGUUUGAUCUCUCUGCCAAGCUGAUCCGCACCACAUUUACUCUACCUACCGUGUUGACACAGCGCACCAUCAGUUACAUGCCGUUCAUUGAAACAAGUCUCUUGAAGCAACCCAACAUUGAGGAGGGCUAUCACAAUGGAUUGUAUGCUUCUGCGCAACUGCACUCCUUGGCCUAUGUGCCUGGUGACAGCAUCCCAAUCACUGUUGUAACAUCACGCCGUCAUGCCAACAAAAAGAGAAAAGCAGAGGAGGAUGAACCAGCUGAGGUCAACUCGAUUCUACUGGAAUUGUGUGAAAAAGUGGAACUCGUACAGAGUCGGGCUGUUUCGAUCACAAGAGUAGUUGCUUCUACCUUGUACAAGGCAAACUCCAAAGGGCACAAAUAUUCCAUGGUCAAGACCAGAAACGGUGGUGGCGCAGAAUACCAAGUGGCUUUACCUCUUCCUGUGGAUUUGACUCCAUCCAUCAAUUACUCAAAGGUUGUCCGUGUUUCAUACACACUCAGGAUCAAGAUCAAGAGUAGCCAAUGCUCGCUGAUGGGGCCCCUCUUUAAUUCAAUUGUUGAUAUGGAGCUUCCUCUCAAGAUUGGCACGCUGGGCUACGGCAUUCGAGCCUCACAAGAUCUGCAAGUCUAUUAUGUAGAUACUGAAAGCUCUCCAAGAUUCCUGCGCUCUUUAGAGUACGAGGAAUCCCUGCCAUUGUAUGAAUCUAGCCGACUCCCAUCCUACCAACAAGACACAUCCCUCAUUGCAUGA